AUGGAUCCUCAUUCGACACUGUCUCAAUUCAACCAAAGAACACCGAAGAUCGGUCCACUAUCGUCGAAGUUACGCUACGCGGAAACUCCGACUAAGCUACUGGCCGAAAAACGACCCAGUAGUGGCGUCCAGAAACCUGUUACCAUGCAUUCUCCAUUUCCCUUGGUCCGACGGCCAAUUGCUACGAAUUCGAGGAUCAAGCAAGACGAAAAGUAUAGGAAAGACAUGUAUCUGGUUUUCGUCAACAAUGCGCUGCAACAGAAGGCAGGGGGAUUGAACGAGCCAUUCAAUGAGCUCAUGGAUCAGUUCAAUCCCAAACGGGCGCCUUCUGAACGGGCGCACCUCCGAUCGUGGUUGUCGGCGCUGUCGCACGUUGUCUCCAGACUCGAUCGUUCACAUUCCGUGUUGGUAGAGGCCAUCGUAAACAUGCCAUGGACGACCUUCAAUUCCGCUACCGUUAGAUCAUAUACGGUCUUUAUCGGCAUGCUGGUCAGCGCGAGGCCGGAAUACCUAUCAUUGGUGCUAGCGAAAAUCGCUCAGGGAUUCACACAUCAGUCCGCGAUCCAAACCCUCGACCUCGGCGAGGCAGAGAGCUCCGCUGAACCCCUCACACGACGCACUGUCUACGAUCGGCUUCACUAUCUCCUCCGCCAUCUUCAUUCGUUAAUUCCAACGCUGUCCUCGACACUCCAGCCAUUACUUGUCCGCAACUUCCCCCACAAACGCCAGAAUCUAGUCACGCAGACUACAUACAUCCGAAAUCUCCUCCAUGUCGCUUCAUAUUGCCCCGAAAUCGGCGACAAAGUCAUGGCCACGAUCAUUGACCGAGCUAUUCAAAUCGAUGUCGAGAUCCAAGUCGAACUAGAAGAACUGGAAGACGCCGACAUCCCGCAAGACACAGACAUCUUUGAAAUAGAUCCAUUUGAUACCGCCGUCACCCAGGACCAACCAGACUCUGACGACGAUGACGACAGCGAAGACGAUGAUGAUGAAGCGUUGAGCGACAUAUCGUCGGACGGAGGUGACAUGGACGACUUGCCACACAUAAUUGAAAUUCCAACAGACGCCCGACAUAUCCAUGCCAUGGUCAAAAAGCUAGACGCAAUACUAACUCUUUUGUUUAAGCAUUUCGAAGAAACUGUGACGCCGCCUCCCCAACUGGACUCAUCUCUCUCGUCUUUGCCCCCCCUUCCGUCAUCGCCAUAUGAUGCCCCAUCGUCCCCAACACCGGACUCCGUCGAGCCCCUUCAGACCUCAAAUGCAUCUGCGCCUGCUGUCCUUGAUACCCCCUCGGAGCCAAAUAGAACCCGACAGCGCACCCAAUUCCACACUCUCCUUUCCAUCUUCGACCGCACAAUAAUAAAAACCUUCAAGUCCCGAUACACUCAGUUUCUUCUCUUUUGGUAUUCCUCACUAGACCCUGAAUACACGGAUUUAUUUCAAGGUCUUCUCGUCUCAAAAGCGCUGCUAGAAGAAGACCUUCCCGCCGUUACACGUUCCGCAGCCGCAAGCUACAUAGGGAGUUACAUCAGUCGGGCUAAAUUCAUCGACCGGGAUGGCGCGCGGCGGGUGGUUAAUGUCCUGUGUGAUUAUGUAAAGAGUCACCUAGAUAGGCACGACAUGCUCGAGCAGGCCAACGCUGAGAUGCCUAGCAUGGCGCAUCACAGCGUCUUCUACGCGGUCGUCCAAGCGAUAUUCUUGAUUUUCUGCUUUAGAUGGAGGGAUUUCUUGGCGGAUGUGGGAGAAGAGGAUGAUCUACUCGGUGAGACGAAACCUAUAAAGAAAUGGAUAUCGACCCUCGAUGUUGUGCAGCGAGUGGUCACUUCGACACUUAAUCCACUAAAGAUAUGCUCUGCGAACGUCGUGAUGCAAUUCGCUCGGGUCGCACAAGCAACAGGCUUCGUCUACUGCUAUUCGAUCAUGGAAUCAAACAAGCGCUCGGAAUACAGCACCAGUGUGAACAACACCAGCACACCUACCAGUCGCACCCCCGUGAACCCGCUUAUUCUAGAUAGAUCAGUCAAUACUGAGUUGAAUACCUUCUUCCCCUUUGACCCGUAUCGGCUCCCGCGGUCGAGUCCUUUUAUCGAGAGCGUGUAUCGGGAAUGGUCGUCCGUCGCCAUAGAGGAUGAUGAUGAUGACGAUGACGACGACGACGACGACGACGACGACGAAGAUGUCGAAAACGAAGAUGGGAGGGGCUACGAUUCCCCAGCGGCCGACUUGGACGAUAGAGCGGGAGGACAAUCAGUUGCUGACAGCGACGCUGGUGGGCUAGGCGAGAGUUUCAAUGCCAUGAGCAUCAGUCCUGCCCAACCAAGGGUCAAGACGAGAUAG